AUGGCCCAAAUCCGUGGCACCGCGGGCUACAACCUCGGCCACCAAAACCCAUUUGGCGGGCCGGGCAGCGCAGACGCAACCAACGACCCAAGUCCGCUCGAUGCCAUUCGUGAGCAGACCAGCAAGAUUGAAGACUGGCUGGACACGAUGGCGGAUCCCGUGAAGCCCUACCUACCUGCUGUCGGCCGUUUCCUCAUCGUCGUCACCUUCAUCGAAGACUCUCUGCGCAUCCUCACCCAAUGGAACGACCAGCUCCUCUACCUCCGUGAUUUCCGCAAAAUUCCAUGGGGAAUUACUCACACUUUCUUGAUUGUCAAUGUUAUUGCUAUGGCGAUUUGCUCGACCUUGGUCAUUGCGCGCAAGCGCACCGAAUACGCCGUCGCCGGAUUGCUGGCUGUGGUCAUUACCCAGGGUCUCGGAUACGGACUUAUCUUUGAUCUUAACUUCUUCCUCCGCAACUUGAGUGUUGUCGGUGGCUUGCUUAUGGUUCUUUCUGACUCUUGGGUGCGCAAGAAGUUCGUCCCCGCCGGUCUGCCCCAGCUUGACGAGAAGGACCGUAAGAUGUACGUCCAGUUCGCUGGUCGUGUUCUGCUUAUCUUCCUUUUCGUUGGCUUCGUUUUCUCUGGCGAGUGGAGCUUUUGGCGCGUUCUUGUCAGCUUGUUCGGGUUUGUUGCCUGCGUUAUGGUCAUUGUUGGCUUCAAGGCUAAGUGGAGCGCCAUCAUCUUGGUCGUCCUGCUCAGUCUGUUCAACGUGUUUGUUAACAACUUCUGGACGCUCCACCCCCACCACCCUCACAAGGACUUUGCCAAGUACGAUUUCUUCCAGAUCUUGUCUAUUGUCGGUGGCCUCGUUCUCCUGGUCAACAUGGGCCCUGGCCAAUUGAGCAUGGAUGAAAAGAAGAAGGUCUAUUAG